GCCUCCCUCUCUCCCUGCCUGCCUGUCAGCCCGCCUGCCCGCCCGCCUUCCUGCCGCCGUCUCCCUCUGCGUGCCGGCUGGGUGCUGAAGUUGGGCGGAUGGCAGCAGACCCGCUCCGUUAGAGACGAGCCACGCCAGCCCUUCUCGGGAUCGCUCAGAGCUAACUGCACGCAGCCGGGCGGGAGUGGCCACUUGGGCACUGAAGUAGCUGAAAUGAGAAAGAGGCAGCAGUCACAAAAUGAAGGAACAUCAGCUGUGUCUCAAGCACCUGGAAACCAAAGGCCCAACAACACGUGUUGCUUUUGUUGGUGCUGUUGCUGCAGCUGCUCAUGCCUCACUGUUAGGAAUGAAGACAGAGGAGACAAUGCAGGAAGGCCAACACAUACAACCAAAAUGGAGAGUAUCCAAGUCAUAGAAGAAUGCCAAAACCCUACUGCAGAUGAAAUUUUGUCUUGGGCUCAGAAUUUUGACAAGAUGAUGAAAACACCAGCUGGGAGGAACCUUUUCAGAGAGUUUCUGCGAACAGAGUACAGUGAGGAGAACCUGCUUUUCUGGCUUGCAUGUGAAGAUCUAAAGAAGGAACAGAACAAGAAAGUUAUUGAAGAAAAAGCAAGACUUAUAUAUGAAGAUUACAUUUCUAUACUAUCACCAAAAGAGGUUAGUCUUGACUCCCGGGUGAGAGAAGUGAUCAACAGAAACUUGUUGGAUCCCAGCCCUCACAUGUAUGAAGAUGCCCAGCUCCAGAUAUACACCCUAAUGCACAGAGACUCUUUUCCAAGGUUUUUGAACUCUCAGAUUUAUAAGUCUCUUGUUGAAAGUAUUACGGGCUCUACUUCUGAAACUUAGUUUUAAUUUUCAAACAAAAUAACUUGAUCUUUUUUGGGGGGUGGGUGGGAUGGAAGAAAAGUAGUUUAAUAACAUCUGUUGCUGGGUUCCUGGAGAACUACAGUUUAGCUCUACUCAGGCUACUGUGAAGAAAACAAAUACGUAUUAUGGUCUCCGUCUACAUUUUUACCAAGGUCCUCCUUGCUCAAGAAGGCGUGGGAGGGGAACAAUGGAUUUGCCAAAAUACCUUUGUUUCACACUCCUUUCACCCUACUGCAGUCAAGAUUGCAGUGACGUAUUUGUAGUUUUAUGAACAUUCUCCUUGUGUAUCCUCACACUGCAUGUGCAAGGUAAACCUGCUUCACUUACCACUUAGUUGUUGCAAUAUUUAAUCCAAUAACAUAAAUUAUAUCUGUAUUUAAGAACUUUUUUUGUGCAAUACAGUCUUAUGGUACAUAUAAACAGUCGCGGCAAACCAGAAAGAGGCUUGCAUUUUUUAACAUCACUAACUAAAAAAAUAAAAAAGCCAAUUUUUAAGGUGUAGCAUUACUCAAUAUGCUCUACUGAGUACAACACACUGAUUUUUUGAAGCCAAUAUUUCUGU